AUGGCAGAUGAUGAGAAGAUAGAGCCUUCGACUAUGGCAAAAAUUUCAUUCUGGCGCCUACUCUUUGACCAAGGAGUAGUGACUCAACCUGUCCUCAGUUACCCUUACAGUGGCUCAGGGACAGACGAAAACCCCUACGUCGUGACAUGGAUACCGGAUGACCCGCGCAACCCUAUGAACUUUACUGAAGCAAGAAAAUGGUCAUAUACAAUUCUAGUGGCUAUUGCCACAUUGGCUGUUACCCUAGUAUCAUCAGCUUACACGGGGGGCGUUGAGGAAAUCCAGCAGGAAUUUGGCAUCGGCAGCGAAGUGGCGACCUUGGGAGUUUCGCUUUUUGUCCUGGGAUUUGCUAUUGGCCCUUUGCUUUGGGCUCCUCUAAGUGAGCUAUUCGGACGCCAGAUCCUCUUCAUCGGGACUUACGCGCUCCUCACGGCUUUUAAUGCCGGAAUGUGUGGUUCUAAAAACGCUUGGACGCUGAUAGUUCUUCGAUUUCUCGCCGGAUCAUUUGGGUCGUCACCACUCACCAAUGCCGGUGGUGUUAUCGCCGACAUGUUUCCUGCUAAACAGAGAGGCAUGGCUAUGACUCUUUUCGCCUCCGCGCCUUUCCUUGGCCCCGUGAUUGGUCCUAUCAUCGGGGGCUUCUUGGGAAUGACUGAGGGCUGGAAGUGGGUUAUGGGAUUUCUUGCAAUCUUCUCGGGCGCUGUAUGGAUUAUUGGCAGUCUUUUUCUUCCUGAGACGUAUGCUCCUGUGCUGCUGCGUCGCCGCGCAGAGAAGCUUUCCAGGAUUACUGGAAAGGUUUACAGGAGCAAGACUGACAUUGAGCAGGGAGAUAUCUCCUUUAAGGCGUCGUUUCAGCUAGCAUUGUCCCGUCCCUGGAUUCUUUUAUUUCGGGAGCCUAUUGUAUUCCUACUAUCAUUGUACAUGGCAAUUGUUUAUGGCACCUUGUACAUGAUGUUCGGUGCCUUCCCUAUUGUUUACCAAGAGGGCCGUGGCUGGAAUCAGGGCGUCGGUGGUCUCGCUUUCUUGGGUGUUAUGAUUGGAAUGCUGAUCGCUGUGGUUUAUUCCAUGGUGGAUAACAAGCGAUUUGUGAGGGUUGAGGAGGAGAAUGGUGGCUUCGCACCUCCCGAAGCUCGCCUCCACCCUUGCUUACCAGCUUCCGUUGCUAUCCCAGUUGGACUUUUUUGGUUCGCCUGGACAAACUAUCCGUCAAUUCAUUGGAUGGCCAGUAUUGCAGCCGGUGUACCAUUUGGCUUUGGAAUGGUGUUGGUGUUCUUGGGCAUCAUGAAUUAUUUGAUUGACGCUUAUACCAUCUUUGCAGCCUCCGUCCUGGCUGCCAACUCCGUCCUGCGCUCACUCUUCGGCGCAUCGUUCCCCCUUUUCACUACCUAUAUGUAUCACAACCUGGGAAUACAUUGGGCCUCUUCGAUACCAGCUUUUCUUGCUCUCGCCUGUGUGCCCUUCCCAUUUCUGUUCUACAAGUUCGGCCCCACCAUACGCAAACGCUGCAAGUUUGCUGCAGAAUCCGACGCCUUCAUGCGGAAGAUCCAGGAGCAGGCAAAAGCUACUUCCAUUGCGGAAGAGACGGCUGUCGAUAGUACGGCCGCUUCUAUCCUCACUGGGACUACUUCCGCUGAACCAGUCUAA